GCACGCGCGUGGGCUUUAUUGUGCCAAUGCCCAAACAGCCUUCGCUAGAAAGAAAGAGCUGCCAAGAAUUCUGCGUCUUCGCGGUAGCACUCCAAGACACACCCGGUCGUGGAAGGAAUGACGUCAGGAUAGAGCCACCUGAAGGAGUCCGGAUGUCUCUAAAUCCGGACACCCCUUCCCCUUCAGCCGCUGUCAUUUCGUCUUAAGGGGCCGGGCCUCCGUGUUCUCCAGGCGUGUCACCUCUCUGCUCGCAAUGCCUCUGCCUCAGGGUGAUGUGACUGCCUUAUUCUUGGGGCCUCCCGGCUCGGGAAAGUCCGCGCUGAUCGCCGCGUUAUGCGGUAAGAAUGUGGACGCGGUAGAAAUUCCCGAUGGACGGCCGGACUCUGGGGUCCCCAGCCUAAGAGCUGCAGCUCCGGGCCUCUUCCUGGGUGAGCUGAGUUGCCCACCCGCAGCCCCCGGGCCCUGGGCGGCGGAGGCCAACUUGCUGGUAUUGGUGCUACAAGGAUCUGAGGGAAGCGAGGAACCCUUGACCCCAGCUCUGGGAGAGGCAGCACGGGCCGCCCUGGCCAGAGGAACCCCGCUGCUGGCUGUACGGAAUCUGCGUCCUGGAGAUUCCCAGAAUGCAGCUCAGGCCCGGGAUGAGACUGCGGCCUUGCUGGACAGUGCUGGGUUAGGAGCUGCCCCUCUCUUUGUGCUGCCCGCGGAUUGCAGCAGCAGUGACGGCUGCGAGGAGCUAGAGCGCCUGCAGGUGGUGCUGCGGACUCAGGCGGAGGCACUGCAGGGGCUCCUGCCUCCUGCCCAGGAUGUUGAGGUGCUGGGCGCAGCAGAGCUGGAAGCUGUUCGUGAGGCCUUCGAGACUGGUGGCCUGGAGGCGGCGCUGUCGUGGGUGCGCGCUGGUCUGGAGCGCCUGGGCAGCGCUCGAGUGGACUUGGCGGUGGCCGGCACCACCAACGUAGGCCUUGUGCUGGACAUGCUACUGGGGUUGGAGCCUGGCGACGCGGGUGCUGCGCCUGCCUCUGAACCCACUGAGCCCACCCCUUAUCCUGCUCCAGAGCGCCCCAAUGUAGUGCUCUGGACCGUUCCCCUGGGCCCCACAGCUACAUCCCCUGCCGUCACCCCUCACCCGACCCACUACGAUGCCCUGAUCCUCGUCACCCCUGGGACUCCCACGGAGGAGAACUGGGCCCAGGUCCGCUCGUUGGUGUCCCCAGAUGCUCCACUCGUCGGUGUGCGCACGGACGGCCAGGGCGAAGAUCCACCCGAGGUUCUGGAAGAAGAAAAGGCUGAGAAUGCAAGGGAUGGGAACUCAGGCGAUGCACGCAGCGAAGGAAAGAAACCUGGCAUCGGGGACUCAGGAUGCUCUGUGGUUCGGAGCCCAGAGGAUGAGCAGUGGGAGGUGCUGGAGGAGGCGCCUCCGCCCGUGUUCCCUCUGAGGCCCGGCGGCCUCCCGGGCCUGGGAACCUGGCUGCAGCGCGCACUGCCCACAGCUCAGGCGGGAGCGCUGCUGCUGGCGCUGCCACCCGCAAGUCCUCGGGCGGCGCGGAGGAAGGCGGCAGCAUUGCGGGCAGGGGCGUGGAGGCCAGCCCUCCUGGCUAGCCUGGCGGCAGCCGCCGCUCCAGUACCAGGACUGGGCUGGGCUUGCGAUGUGGCGCUUCUCCGGGGACAGCUGGCCGAGUGGAGGCGCGCGCUGGGCAUCGAACCCGCGGCCGUGGCACGACGUGAGCGCGCCUUGGGCCUGGCUCCCGGAAUACUGGCCACGCGCACGCGCUUCCCGGGGCCGGUGACGCGAGCCGAGGUAGAGGCCAGGCUGGGGUCCUGGGCAGGUGAGGGCACGGCCGGAGGUGCGGCAUUGGGCGCGCUCUCCUUCCUAUGGCCGGCCGGUGGUGCAGCGGCAACAGGUGGGCUGGGUUACCGUGCUGCGCAUGGUGUACUGCUGCAAGCCUUGGAUGAGAUGCUGGCUGAUGCUGAGGCGGUGCUGGGACCCCCAGAGCACUGAUUAGUAAGGCGCGCGGUGGGGCUUGGGGCAACUGGUGACUUGGUUCGUAGCCCCAUAGCCUCUGAGAUUAAGGAGUGAAGUUGUGUUACUCAAAUCCGGAGACUUGAAGGAGACUGGCAUCUCGGUGAAAUCCGAGACCUACAGUCACCCGAUUUCCGUGGCUCUGAAUGGGAGUAGGGUCUAUGCGCCAGAAGUGUGUCAGCCAGAUACCAAUGCAGUAAAGGGAGUUGAGGGCCUGGGACUCAUAGAAAUGGGAGCCUUUUGGCGUCCAUCUGACACCUGGUCCUCAAUCUCUAGAAGCCUUGAUUCCUGCCUUCCUAUGAGUGAACCUGACUAUAGACCGGGUGCUUCAGGGAGUUAGAAUCCUUGGAGCGCUGGGUCCCAAAGGGAAACGAGACGUAAGUUGUCCGAUGAAAGAACAGAUUUGCCGGAGCUGUGAGAGUCUUAGAAAAAGUCUGGUUCCUA